GAUUUUUGCAAAGACAAGGGAGCUGGCAACCACGCCGACCCUGACAACUGUUACAGCUUCAUUAUGUGCGAUGUGGCUGGCAAUGCACACGAAAUGGAUUGCCCAGCAGGGCUUUCAUUUAAUCCAAGCCUUCUUGUAUGUGAUUGGCCUGAAAACGUCGAAUGCGAGGCUGGAAGUGGGGAGUUAUUAUGAUGUAGAAACAAGCAUACAGCCUCUCUGUUAAUGUGUUUGUCAUCCAAAGCAGAAAUCGAUGGUUGUAAUUUAAAUGAGUCAUCCAAGUCAAUCCAGAUCUUCACUGCCCUAUAGGUGAAAGAUCGUUGCCCCGAAGCUGUUUUGAAAAGUGGGAUUUCGAGGCUGCUACGGUUAAGCGUCAACCUGUCAUGAAUAUUUGUUCUCUGUAAUAAGUUGGAGCAAAGGUAACCAGGUGCAAGAUUAUAAGAGCAUUUAAAAAGCAUAACAGCGUCUCUCAGGUAUAACUGCUGUUUAACAGGGAACCAGUUAAGCUGACCUAAAAGCAGGUUUACAUGGUCAAAUUUUCUUGAUCCCGUAAUUAUCUUAGAAACAAAGCUCUGAAUUGACUGAAAUUUCUUUAAGUUAGAGGCAGAUGUAUUCUACCAGACUGUGGAACAAUAAAACAUCUUACUGAACACCAGUGUUGUGAUCAUUAUUGAAAGCGUUUCCUUAUCGAAGAUUUUUUAAAUUCAAUUGAUUUGAACUAACUUAGCUAAGCAAGAUGAGAAAAACUGAGAGAUAUGAUUAUUAUAAGUGAGAUGUGAGUCUUAUAUCAUGCCCAGGUCCUUAGCUGAGGUUAAGGGAGUCAACAACUUUUCAAGGAAUGACAGCAUUGGGCAAGUAAGCUGUCUGCCCAUGAGUUGCUUAGUUCCAAGAAGCAUAAACUUUGUUUUGUCUUGGUUGAUUAACAGGUGGUUUUCACAACACCAAGUGGUGACUUUAAGCAAGUCAUCUUCUAGUUUCCUUAAUGUGAUGUUAGUGCUUGCCAGUGGAAAUGAUAGAAAUAGGUUAAAAUCAUCAAUGUACAACUCCAGACAACAUUCUUGUGGCACAUAAGGAAGGUCAUUCAAGUAAAUGCAGUUUUCCUAAGAGUAAAGGUGAUGAAAUGGCACCUUGCAGUAACCCAUGGCUGAUUGGUAGCACGUCAGACAGUAUAGACCCAAAACGAACUGCUUGAGAGCGGCCUAACAAAUAGCUCUUGAACCGCUUUAAUGCAUCCAAUGACACGCCCAUAGCGGAGAUCUUGCAAAGCAAUCGAUCAUGAUCAAUGCUGUUGAAAACUUUUGAUAAAUCAAGCAGAAUCAAAGGGGUGAUCUUUUUAUCUAUGGCCUUCAGUAUAUGGACAAAUGAUACAAGUAUCAAUCCACUAUUAAUAAUAAAAUGAGUUACAGCAUAAUUUUUGAGAAACAAGCUUUUUUAAGUAGUGGUGUGCCAAUCAUUGAUUAUAAUGAUCAUUGACUGAAAUCUUCACAAAGUGACAAUCCAUUGUGGGGAAGGUUCAAUCAAUUAUCAGGGGAAAAAGUAAAAUUUUUGUUGGCAAAUAAACAUAUUAAAAGGUUGUGUGUUGCCUUUUUUAGUAGUCUCAUAAAUAAAGAAGAAAGAAAAUUUGAUCACCCAAAAGUCAAAAUGUCAUGUUCUUUGACUUGUGCAAAGGUAAAUAAAUAAAUGGAAUACUUAUAGAGAGAUUUUUCUGAUUAUAAUCAAUGAUUAAUCAGGCCCCGAUUGUUCAAAAGUUGGAUAACGCUAUCCACCGGAUAAAUCGCCGUCUAGAGGAUAAGUAUUACGAAAACCAAUUGCGCUAUCCUUUGGAUAGUGAUUUUUCCAGUGGAAAGCGCUAUCCAACUUUCAAACAACUGGGGCCAGGUGGGUAAAUCCAAUUAUCUUUGAAGAUCAAUUUUUUUUAUGAAAUCUCAACUAAUUCCCAACACUACUAUUAAGAUUGCUUUGUAAUACACAAAUAACAUGUCAUUAUGUCACAUAAUGUAUGAAGUAAACUCAUCAUUCAACUUUUGAUUUCUUUUCCUUUGGUUCAUAAUUGUCACCCUCGUCAUUGUCAUCAAAAUUUUGCUCCUCGCUUUGGCCAGUACAACCCUCACUAAUGUCUCCUUCUUCUUUAUCAGAGAGCAGCUCAGCUGGUUCCUUCAGUAGUUUUCCUGAAAUAACUGAUCUUUCUGUGCCUUUUCUAGCAUCAGCAUGGAAUAAAACAUCCCUACAGUUCUUUUUGAUGGCUGCUUUUGAUUGUUCCUCCUUCAAAUUAAACAAUAACCCGAGAUUAAUGAUAUCGUAAGGCCCGCGAAAGUCAAGCUCGUUUACUGCCCCACUUGAAAUAAUAAUGUUCUUUCCUUUUGCAAAAACAACCAAGUCCAAAGCCGUAGAAAUUAGAUUUUUUCUCUGGGAUGAGUCUCUUAUUGCAGACGAAUAAACAAUCUCAAAAUGUAUUCCUCGUUCAAUUGCUGCAUUAACUGUAGGGAAUUUCAAGUAGAAUGGAAGGCGUUCUGUCAUGUCGAGUGAAAUUAUAUCAACAUCUAGCGUUUUACAAGCUUGCUGGAAAAGCCUCUCUGUAGCCGGUUGAACUGCUAAGAUAUCAUGGGAUUGUACGGGAUCACUGGACAGUUGAUGCACCUGGCUUUGGUCGUCUAGCUGUACAGUUAACCGUGUAUAAACUUUCAAUCGUGGGUUGAUUUUCUUCAUAUCUUGUAUCGCUGGGUAAUUACCCAAGUUGACUGGGGUCAGUUUGGCGGCGCCCUUUCUUUCUUUUUUCACUGUUUCAAGGCGAAAGGUUUGGCAAAGAGCAAUUGUUUCAAAACCAAGUUUGACAGCCUUAGAGACAAGUUUCUCUGUUUCACGUGGGUUGUUCAAGCAAGUAACAUUGAGAUCCGCAAAAGCCGCCAUUUUGGUAAAUGCGUAUUUGACGACUGCUGACCAGUUUUAUUGUCAAACAUAAUUUCAUUCCCAGUAUCCUUCUCGGACAAUUGUUGACCAUGCCUUUAAAAAAAUUGCCAUAAAAUGAGAAUAUAAAUGUUUAUUUAUCGUGAUUAUCGUUAUUUGUUGUUUACCUGCACCUGAUUACUUUCGACAAUACGUCUUUUGGUCUUAGUCAAGAGCCAUUAUGGCUCUUGUCUUAGCGGAUUAGUGCAUUUUUGUGCCACUGACUUUCAACCAUGAUCUUUUCACCAGAGGAGCCGUAAUAUUUUCACCAAUCAGACCAGUACUGCUUUUGUUUCUGAAGUUUCUGAAGCGUAAAUUGUCUAUUUUAUUUUCUGUUUUAUACUACUACAUGAGAAAUUUCUGCAAUUUGAUCGGCUUAGAGCAGUGGUAUUUCAGCUUAAUUUGAAAUACCUACAUGUGAAAACUACAAACCUUUGCGAGUAGUAGUAUAAACAAAUAAUAGCAUGAUUUGUGCUUGAUUUUUGGCAUAAAUACCACUCGUGACGUUUCAAAAUUGUCUCAAAUUUCAAUCGUCAUUACGUAUAACAAUUUUGAAAUAUCACUCGUGGUAUUUAUGCCAAAUAUCACUACAAAUCAUGCUAUUACCUAUACAAACCGUACAAAAGGAACGAUUUAUUAUCCGUGUGAUCAGAGGGCCACAAGUUUAUCCGGAUCAUAUUUUACCCUAAUGAGGUCUCCACCCCUCCCCCUCUUGAAUCCUAAGCCAUACUUGAGUUCAAAUGAGAAAAAACUUACCAAAAAGUAAACUUUGACGUGAAAUUACAUAAGUGCUUUCUCUUCUUUUUUCCGUCUUUUUGAACUCUUUUUUUGCACUUUCAGCUUACCCUCCUAGCUGAGAUUUCUUUCCGGCAUGGUCAGUUAAUUUAAUUUAUGAGAAGUCUUUCGCCUCUUUGAUGUUCAGGCAGUUCCGCUUACUCGGGGCAGCGACGCGAACGAUUCUGCACAUGCUAAAAGCCAUGCCGUAGCCGCCAGAGCGCCUCAAGAGCUUGCUCGCAGGGUAGCCAUGCCCGGGAGACUGAGGAAACCUCUGCUCUCAAGGCCGGUACUUUAAGCACAGCCAAUAGGAAAAGCAUACCAGUUCCUUGUUUUGUUUAAACAACUGCUUUUCGUGUGAUUUUCUAUUUUACAUUUUGUUGCUUGAGGUUUAGUUGUCGUGGCUGAGACUGGCAGGCGGACAGUCAUGUACUCUCAGCUUUUCCAGCUGUUUUUCUUAUCUAUUAUAUAUCAAAUAUAAAAAAUAAACUAACUUUCGUUUAAGGCUUAUCCUUAACAAGAGUUUCACACAUUCUCAACCAGCCGGUGAAAUAAUGAAGAUUUGCUUGCUCUUUAUAACCAAUAUCUGUCUUUUGUUUCGUUCAGGUAAAUUCCCACUUUUUCGUAAAUGUCUUUUGCCACUGUAGUUGCAUAAUUUCUACACUAAAGAGCGUUGAACUCUCUACAAAGCGGCCAGUCGUCCCUUACGCGCCCGAGAGUGGCAGCUUGUUCUAUUAAUAGUGCCAAAACUGCAUACAUCCGACCCAAUGGAGAAUAGGGACGGAUUUUAAUGAACCAACCUCUUCGAAGCAAUAGAAAGAGUGCUAGUAUUAUUAGUUCUACAUUGUAUUGCUAUGUAUUUUGUGCAGGUAACCCUCGCGAGUGUUGUCCUAAUGAGUUUUAAUAAGUUAAAUCCAAUUACUAUAUAUCACAAAUGCAAAUUACAAAAAAAUAAUACUAAAAAGGAUAAGCCCGCAAGGAGGGUAGUGAGUACUCAAGAUUAGUACUCAGGUAUGAAAAAAGUUGAAUUUUUAUGUUACAUAAUAAGUUCUGGUCGUCCAGUUUUGAAUGACCACGGGUCCGUUCAAUGGCUUAUGAACCUUCAUUACUAAGCCUUAUUUGGCAAAGUAGUACGUUCCUGUUUUUCCAAGAGGCUGGAAACACGACGCAGAAAUGAUUGUGAGAGUGAGGUUGCAAAUUAAAAUGUAAACUGACCUAAUGAUCUAUCUCUUCGUUUGAGAUACAGGUGUAUUGUCUGGGGUGUUGGAGAAAAGAGAUUCAGGUAUGUCAAACCGGAGACUUCGUUUAUUAGAAUGCAACCAUAGUGCUAAACAUAUUCUGUAUUAAAGAUAAUUAAACAGAAAAAAAUCUAAUUCAAAGUAUACUGUUCCUUCCCAGCUUCAAACUUGGUCAUGACAUAGGAGGCACGUCGAUUGUCAGUCAACGUGUCAGUUUUAUUUUCUUCAUGGCCGGAGUAAAAAAAACAAGAGAGAAUAAUGUAUUUCGAGUCAAUCGGCAGAAUUCAAAUUUCGUUGGAGGGGAAUUUGCAAUCAAGGACCAAAAAAUACUGGUGUUAUUUAAGUCUGCUUCGGGUCCAGCGAUGAGUUAACUGAAGCAGUUUCAUUCUUAAAUGAAUAAUUUUUAUAGGAAGCUUCAAGUUCUCAACGAGAAAAGCUUUUCAUUGGUAACGGAUAGCACUUUAUUGUGUGUCUGAUUGCGUGCCUCGGACUGCGAGACAAUGCAUUGACUCUACCAUCCCCUGUGACUGUCCUUUUGUGUUUCACUUAAUUUCCCCACUAGCCCGUACUUAGUAUUAGAAUGUUAUCGACGACAAUUUGCCGAUCAUAGCCGAAUGAAGGUCGUGCGCAGUUUCUGAAAUACGCAAAAGAAUAUCACUAACAAAAGCGCCAUUGUCUUUGAAAAAUGCAACCAUAACAAUAGGCAAAGUUUGAUACGCAGCCGGGGUAUUCAGAACACUCAUUAAUCAAUUUUUUUCAGUUAAGGCUUAGGUUAGCCUGAAUUUCAUCCGAUUACUUCGAGUCGUUAUUACUCCCUCAGUUCAGAGGAGAAAACGACUCGAAGCAAUCGGAUGAAUUUCAGGCUAGGCUUUGGUCGACUUUACUGUGGGAUGUUCAUUUUUUUCUCAUUUUUGAAUCACUUAUUAUGGAGCUACAUAUGAUUUUCCAUUUAAAUAACGUCACAAUUAAGGUUUGCGGAUUUCUCUGCUAACCAAUGUCAUAAAAUUAAACUUCAGUGUAAUUCUCAAAUCCCAGCCAGAGUUCUAAGUAGAUAAGUAUUUCUCUCUGUGCCAGAAUCCUCUCAUGCUAAAACUAUAAAAUCACUAUGUUAUCAAAUUUCUCAUUUAUCUCAGUGUUCAUAACAUACACCCAGUUACAUUUAUAUAUGACCAAAAGGACCUACUACUUAGAGCGCAGCUCUGAAGGUCAUACUACUUCCAAUACGACUUAGUGCAGGAGUCAUGUGAUGCCCGUCGCUUAUUUUUUUUUUUUUUUAACCCUAAAAAUAACUUAAGUGAAAUUCACAUAUCCCAGCCAAGACCCUAAGAUUCCCUCUCUGUCCCAUUAUGACUCUUGCAUGCACUCAUUGGGUGGGGUUUUUUACCUGUGUAGAUUUCUGCAAAGACAAGGAAGGUGGCAACCACGCCGACCCUGACAACUGUUACAGCUUCAUUAUGUGCGAUGUGGCUGGCAAUGCACACGAAAUGGAUUGCCCAGCAGGGCUAGCAUUUAAUCCAAGCCUUCUUGUAUGUGAUUGGCCUGAAAACGUCGAAUGCGAGGCUGGAAGUGGGGAGUUAUCAUGA